GUCAUCGGCACCCUGAGCCAAGGCGACGACUGGGAGGGCAAGGCCGUGAUGCUCCGACUGCUCCAGCGGCAACAGUCGGCGGAGGCGCGAUGGAUCACGCACAAGGACAACAAGGCCCUGAGCUCGGCAAGCGUCAGGGCCGGCAUGGCCGUGGCGGACCCCGGCUGGCCGAAGAGGAUGCGGGCCCCCUCCGCCAUAGACUUCGUCGAGAGCCUGUGCGACGGGCUGGCGCAGGGCGACGAAGAGUACGCGCUCCCGAUGAUGUUCCUGUACCUCUACAGGCUCUUCGCUGGGCAGGUGCCGGUGCGCCUGGUGGGCGCGUCGGCGGGCGCCAGCGAGGCGGAUGCGGCCAGGUGGCAGCACACCUUCGCCACGCUGACGGCGAACCUGCUCCCCGACUCUCGACAGUCCGGCGUUCUACAAUCUCUCAUCAGCGUGUUCACGAGGAGCAGAAGCUUGGUCUGUCGUGGAGACGGUGAUGGCCGCCUACCUUGGAGUGACGAGGUCAACAAACUGGUCAAGAAGGCCCAGCAUUCCUCUCAUGACCAGUCGCGCCAAGUUGCAGCCCUGACGGGCUUUCUUGGGGAAUUGGAAGGCUGGCUGGCCACAUUCCGCAGCGACCUGCGCGCAAUCUGUGUCGGAGCUAGCGUGGACGAGGCGGAUCUCGACCUCGGCAGCGAGAGUCUGUGGGAAGACGUCUUGGUGCACCACAAGUGGGCGGAGUUUGACUCCCGGCAAGUGGAGAGUGUGGAGUGGCAGUUCUUGCGCGAUCGGGUGCUGCAGCGCGGGACCGAGAGCUGCGCUGUGAUGUACGACAGUGCGCAGAGGCUGUGGCAGGCGACGGUUGGCUCAGCCGGGCGCGUGCUCAUCGAGGUGAUAUCCCCCAGUCUCUUGCUGGUCCAGCCAGCACCCCGCUGCAGGGUACCACCCUACGCUGACUCGCGCGGGAAGGCGUUCAGCGCUCUCGCAGUCAGCUCGAUCGACGGCACUUGGAUCGACAGGGAGGCUAACAGUGGGUUCGAGGUCACAAUUUCAGACGGCGUCAUCCAGCGGACUUGUCUCCUCCAGGGCGAGGAUCGUCCGCUUGGAAAUGUCGUUUUCCGCGCCGGGGAUUUCUUCGAAGCCCAGCUGGACGGCGACAGGCACACAUGCCGCUUGCUGAAUGGCCGGCUCCGCUGGAGCAACGGGUGGAUCUGGAUACCAAAGGGCGCGCAAGAGUUCGUCGUCUACAGCGACAACAGCCAGACCACCCCAGUCACGCCCACAUCCCCGGCGGCUCUUGUGCCCACCGUCUCAGAGGCUUCUAUGCUCACCGCCCCCGCGGCUUUUAUACCCACCGUUGCAGUGGCCUCGACGCCCCGGCGGCUCUCGGUGGACUCUGGGGGCCCGUACGCUCGGACCUCCCGAGCCGACUCCUCUGGCAUGGGACUGACGAAGAGCAAGGACGUCGAUGACCUCCACGGUGGCCCCUGCUCUGUAGUCGGUUGGGGUGUGGUCGUCGCCGGCAUUGACGAGGGCGAUGGCUGGCUGCGGUUGGGCUCGAGAUGCUACCUACCUCUCAACGCUGACAGUUGUGCAGAGUCGGGCAAGACUACGAAAAAGCACGAGGCUGUGAAGAUUGUGCUGCGCAGCAUGGAGGACCUGGACAGGUUGGACAGCAAGAUCGAGGCGAAGCUCAAGAAGCGGAAGGAUUUCAGUAGGCUGACAACGUUUCGGAAUCUUGAAGCUUCUGGCUUCUUCAUUGACAGCUCUGGCAAGCGGUACGGGGUUGGGGAGAAGCCCGAGCUCACGGACGAGGACGGCGGGGUUGUGGACGAGCUUUUCCCGCUCACUUACUUCCUCACCGUUCCGCAGGCGCCGCCGGCCGCUGCCGAAGGGGACCGGGGGGGCGGCGCUGGGCGGCAGCAGCCGCGGCUGCUGCCCGCGCAGGACCCCCUCGCGCAGGCGGCUGCGCAGGGGCGCGCGGAGACACGCCGAGGCCCCGACGGGAUCCUGUACUCCGAGGGGGAGUUCUUCCAGCUCUUCGGGCGCACCGACGAGUGGGAGGACGGCGGCGCCCUGCGCAGGCGCGGGGAGGUGGAGCUCGGCGGGGUGGAGCUGGACUGCGGCAUGGACUUCAACUUUGACAGUGCCGACGAGUUUUCGAUCCAGUUGCAGGUCUGCCCAAAGAAAGCUGGCAUGGGGUCGCUGGUAGCAAGGACGAGUGGCGAAUCUGGGCAGGGGUACGACCUGGGCCUCGAGGCCGGCCGCCUCGUGGUUGCGCUGCGUGGCCAGUCCUCUGGCGGGGAUGACUUGUGCAUCAAGGUGGCCUCUGAGGAGGUGUUACAGUGCGGCGUUUGGCACCACGUCGCCAUGACGUACAAUGGCAGCCGCACGGCAGAGGGAGUGACUUUGUACCUCAACUAUCGGCAAGUGCCAGCGGUCGUUGAGAAGGAUGCCCUGGGCGAGGGCUCCUUUGCCACCCCAGGGGCGGCUCUAUUCAUUGGCCGACGGGAGUCAGGCUCGAAUCCCUUUGAAGGGAGCAUUGCCGACGUGACCAUUCGCCCUGGGCUCCGAGACCCGCUUCAGGCAGAUGGCAGGCGACCGUCAGUCUUUUACGGGGGUCGGCGGAUGCCGGCCACGAGUACGCCACACUCGACGGAUGCGCUCCAGACGAAGAGGGCACCGUGCCCAGCCAGGCGCACUACCUGCCGCUCCCUGCGGGAUGGGAGGUCUGCCCUUGCGACAGAGAAGUUUUGA